AUGACUCGACCGGCAGAGGAGCAGGAGGAUGAGCUCACCAAAAUCUGGAGCCUAGUCAGCGAAUUAGCAGAACAGCUCGAGAGCAAUCGUCAUCUGGUCAACCAGCUCAAGUCUCGGUCGGACAACGUCAAGGGUCAGGCAGCACAUGUGGGGACUGGCUUCCCGCUGCGACGCUUCAACCUUGAUAUAUCGGACGCAGAGGAGUUCUCGUCCGAGCUCGAAGCGUUCUCCUCGCAUCUGGUCCUCGAGAACCAGCAGCUACAGCAUGAGAAUAAGCAACUCAAUACGCUCCUGAAGGAGUAUGAGCAAACUCUCGAGUCUGUCAUGGGCAAGUUCAGAGGUGUUGCGCAUGCGAGCCAGCAACAUGACCUAUCGCUGCACUCAUACUACACUUCCCUCCUCCAGACACUUCAAACCGCCCACUCCUCGGCUCAUCUUCACGACAACACCUCGCUUUCCCUCCUGCUCCACCGCCUAUCCACGCUUCUCCGCUCGGCCCUGCGCGCUCUCAGCGGCGAAGAUGCCGAGUUCGACCUCGAAGCCCACCUGCCUGGUCUUCUCGCGUCUACCAAGGGCGACGUUGCUGCCGCUGCCUCCGCCGCCUCUUCCCCCAUCUCCCCAUCCCGACCUUCAUCCUUCGCCCCCAAAUCGAUUCGUCGAGCACCGCCUCGACCGCCCGCCUUCCACGGCAGCCAGCCGGGCGCAAGCGGAGGAUACACGGGCACGAACGGGCAAGGAGACUGGGCGCUGGAACGGGAGAUGGAGAUUAUGCGCCUCGAGGAUGAGAAUGCGUCAUUACGGGAGAUGCUUCGAAUAGCACAGGAAAGCACCGAGGAGGCGGAGGUCGAGCAUGCCGAGGAGAUCAAGGCGGACGAGAAGGAUGAGAAGGACACGGCGGCCAGUCCAGUCGUGGAGCCAAAACGAAAGAACUCGUUGACGAUCGAAGAGUUGCAGCUGGGGGCGGAGAAGGAGGAUGAGGCUAAGAGUCACCAGCUCAAGGUGGUGUCGAUGAAGGACUUUGAGGAGGUCGUGAUGGUGGAGGAUGAGGCGCUGGAUAAGGGCAAGGGCAAGGCGAAGGCGGAGGAGGGAGGGAGGGGCGGCUCGGCGCUGGGCUUGACGGCGGAACCACAGGCUUCGGGGAGAUGA